GCCAACCGACCCACGCCGGGGCCAGUCAGAGUAGCAGCGACCGGCUGGACGGUCGGGCAGGUGUGUUCUCGCGCUUUCCCCUCCACCGCGAGCCUACGCGUGCGCAGACGCCGACCGAGACAGACACCGCAGCAGCAGACGAGACGCUGCGCUUUACCGACCGAACGACGACGAACGCGGCGUGUUUCGUCUGCGAAGCCAGUGGCGUCUGCUUCCAGCUGGGGUUAUCCUGAAGAAGGUGUGUGGCCACGUGUUAAUCAUCUUUUCAAUCACAUUUGCGCUGCUGAAACGCUGAAAAAGGGCCUCUUCGUCGUCGACUACGCUGCUUAGUUGCGUUCGUUCGGGUGCGUGUGCGUGUGUUCGAGAAGCGAACGGCUGGAGGCUUCGCUCGUCCACCAGGGCUGUGCGGUCGCCAGGCUUUCUAAAGAACCAAACCACCGGUCCACGAAAGGCCGCUUGCACGAGCUCGACACCAGCGCCAGCCAAAGAAAGGCAACGCGCGAGCAUGAUCGCAGUCAUGGCGGCCCGAGAACUUCGAGGCAGGUUCGACCUUCGUCUAGCCGCCUUUGUCGCCGUCCUUAUGGCCGCGUCCGUGGCGAGCGUGGCGGCCAGGUCCGCUCACGUGACCUCUCACGUGGUGCGCGAGCCGCUGGUCGCUGCGCGCCAGGCGGACGCACCGAUCACGGUCGCGGACUCGCCGGCGUCCACGACGACGGAGCUCACCGAAGAGUACGAUGACGACGACGGUGACGUCGUCGCGGGAGGCGCUGGCGAAGUCGACGACGACGACGAGGUGGUGCCCUCUUCCACGGAGGACGGAACUUCGUCGCCGACGACGGCCGCGUCGCCCGGAACUUCUGCCGCUCCGACGAGGCCCAGCCUUUCCAACGCAUACCCGCCCGUUCGAGUCUCGACGUCCAAAGCUGAAACAGAAUCACCAGCACCCACUAGCACAAGCACUACUACUACAACCACUACAACCACCACGACGACCACAAGGCGUCCCACGACCACUACGCCAACAACUACCACGAGGCGCGCAACUACAGUGGCAGCUCCGCUCCCCGCCGCACCGGCAAGGCCCAGGCUGCCGCCAACGACGUACUCGGCGCCCACCCAGUCCCGGUCGGACAACUCGGCAUGCCCGCGCCGCGAGGACAUCCACCCGUGCCAGUGCAUCGAGCUGCCCAGCAAGAUACCCGGCGAUGUCGAGACGGUCGCUACGUGCAAGAACAUCCGGAACCACCAGGUGCUCAGCGAUGCCCUCAAGGGAUUCCAACACUACCGGAUCAAUUUCUUUGUGCUCGAUAGCUGCAAGCUGCUCCCGUUCCCCAAUGGCCUCUUUCACAAUGUCGACGUUGAAUGGAUGGAAGUCCUCAACUCAACCGUGCAGUUUCAAAAGAACUUCUUUACCUGCUCCAAGGACUGCCUCUGAACUGUGUGCCAGACAGCUGUGUGGUGCCGAGUCACAAACAAUUUGCGCCAGUGAACAAAGAGACCGUUUGCACAGCAAAGUUGGACAAUGACUUGCACGGUCUCGGGAGGAAAUGUGCGGGAAAUAGAGGUCUCGGAACUCCAGCAAACAAGCCAAUGUCUUGUGCUUUUUGGGCAUGAAGUGCAAGUCGCACGGGAAAAUUGUGCUUCCUGCAGACCAGCAUUUCUUUUAUGAGGCGUGAAAAGCCAGGAAUUUCAAUCCAACCAUGUUUUGUACAAUAGCUUAGCAAGCCAGCAAGGGUUUUUUUCUUUGUAAAAUAUUCAGCAUAUGCCGAGUGGUUAUGUUUUACAUUUCCUUUUUUUAAAUAUAAAUGUACUUACACGUGCAACCUCUGCUGAUGAAAUCAGAUUUUACUCAAGUUUAUGGGACAGUGGUAGGCAUUCACUGCAAAUGUUUUCCGUCCAUAGAUAACUUGCACAAUAGGCAGUAUGUGAUGAGGCGGUGCCUUAAGCGUUUAUAUUGUGAUGUAGAUAUGAGGCUCCCAUGUUGGAGAACUUGCCCAAUAGCCUUCCUGGUCGCUCAUCUUUCAAGUGUGGAGUGAGUGUUCUGUGUAGCCCAAGUUGAACACCCACAACUCUCAGCAUGGUGACCAAGAAAAAGAAAACCUGAUACUUUGGUGUUAAUUUUUCAAUGUAGGUAAAAAGCUAAGCCCAAACCACUUCAACUACAUACUUAAACAUUACAUCACAAAUGAGACAGGUGUAAAUACAUACUGCAAGUUCAAUGCUUCUAUUGAGUGCAUUUGCAGCACACGUUAUGUGGUGAGCCGUCGCCUCAAGAGUGAAGAAACAUGACAAGUGUCACUGUAAUCUUUCAUACCUGUAUGUCUCUCGAGCGAGUUACCAGUUUUUUAUCAUGUGAUGUGUUGGAAAUAUGUUAGAGGUGAACAAAUCUCACAAAUAUCAACAUUUAUUGUGCAGAGACUGUAAGAGAACUAAAAACCAUGAAAGCUUAAACAACAUUCAUCUAAAGCAAGAGGCUGGCAUAAUUUCCAUGAGACUUGUGUCAUCAGAACGUAAAAAAUGCCCAUUAUUUGCUCAAACAGUACAAUUUUAUCACAAUACUUCUUAAAGGUUAUGUAUUCACAUAUGCAGAAAUACAGUGCUGUAAAUAGUAUCCUUUCUCUACUGCCUGCUCAUCUUUAUGGCGAAGUUCAUUAAGUCACAGUUAUUGUGUUUUCAUAGACAAUUAAGCCCUACAUCACAAGUGUUUGCCAACUUGCCUGGACAUCUCACUUCUGGCAGAUAGUUACAGAAGCCAAUCUGACCAUGGAAAAUGCUCAACACUACAACCAUUGGAACAAGUGUUUCCCAAAGUAAUAAAAUCAAACCAUUGACCAUUACGGUGUGCCGAAGCUCAUACAUGGCCCAAGUCAUAGGAAUGAUCUGCAGUUUUCUGUGUCUUGUAUUUAUGCAUGCAAAUGUUGAGUUCAACCGAGUGGCAUUACAACUGUGCUCAAGACAUCCAUUAAAGUUUUGUCAUUGUUAAGAAA